AUGAUGCACCUUAUGUCAUCAGCACCCUUUGAGCUGGUUUCCAUUGAUUUCCAGCACCUGGAUAAGAGCAAAGGUGAAUAUGAUUACUUUACUGAAUAUGUCCAAGCCUAUGCAACACCCAACAACAUGGCCCACACUGGUGCUAAGAAGAUUUGCAAUGAGUUAAUUCCGAGAUUUACUUUUCCAACACACGUACAUCAUGACCCAGUUGGCUAGUUUGAGAACAAAUUGUUCCACCGCCUCCAAUGCCUUAGUGGAGUUGCUACCUUGUGAACUACUCCAAACCACCCAGAGGGCAAUGGCCGGGUAGGACGUAUGAACUGUACCUUACUCUCUAUGUUAAGGACCCUCCCAGAGGUAAAGAAAUCGUAUUAGAAGGAUUCUUAAACAGGCUUAUACAUGCUUAUAACUGCACAAGACAUGACACUACUGGAUUUUCACCAUUUUUUCCUGAUGUUUGGCUGUUCUCUGAGA